UCUCUGCAGCAGUGAAAAGUCAUUUAACCAGCGAAUGUUCCUUUCACGGGUGUACGUCGAUUUAGAGCACAGAUUUUACCAAAUGCACACGUCAGUACAUAUUUGAGACACGCGUGUUGCGAGGGUGUCACCGGCGACACCCAGUGACACAGCGUUCGCUCUGCUUUCAAUUGUUCGGGUCUGGGAGUUAAAGUAGACGUGACAAUUUAACGAAAGAGAAAGCCGCUAAGCGUUAUUACACGCUCAGAAUAGUCGGCGAGCAGGAGUGGAAAGUCAUUCAGCCAACGAAUAUCCCUCCCCGGGUGUUGGUCGAUUAAGAAGAAAAGCGUUUUCCAUACACAUAAAGCAAAAUCAAAUGCAUUUCAGACGCUUGCUGUGAGCAUGUCGCGAUCGUUACCCAGUGACACAGCGUCCGCUCUGCAUUGGAUUGAUCGAGUCUGGGAGCUUGAGGCGGACCUCGAGCGCCGGUUCCAAUUCGCGCGCCAAGCCAAGGCAUCCAGCGCUGCAAGUGCAACCGAAGCGUCGUGAAGUAGUGGGUCCGCAGAAAGAAUACCAAAUUCCGUCGCCGCAGCUCAUAGUUAUUUUCUUGCUAAUGGAGACGCAGGCCUAUGUUCCCGUUCCCCCCGGUGUGGGAAUAGAGGAGAAUUUCCUGUCUCUGGACGACAUCUUGCUGUCUCAGGAGAACCUUCCUUGUCGGACGGAGAGCUCCUUCCCCCGCCUCGGGUUCCUGGAGAAAUCUAGUGAGGCGCCGGACAUUCCAGAGGGCACAAAGAUGGAGAUGCCUCUUUGGCUGGCCAAAGGCCUAUAUGAGCGGAAGAGGCGUGUGCUGUCAGUGGAGCUGCCAAAGGUGUAUCGUGAGGGCUGGCGCACGGUUUUUGGUGCGGACCCGAAUGUGGUGGACCUGCACAAGAUGGGACCCUACUACUAUGGCCUGGGAUCUCAGCUCCUGCACUUUGACAGCCCAGAAAACAUGGAAAUUGCUCAGGCCGUCUUAAAUACCUUCAUUGGGCGCUUUCGGCGGACCAUGGACUCCUCCCAGAAUGCGUUCAACGAGGACACAUCAGGACUGGUGGAGCGCCUGGACUGCCUAGAGAAGGCACUGUUUCGGGCUGGGCAAAGUGGGCUCAACAGCUUCCAGUGCUGGGAGACAGGACGUGCCUCGCACCUGACGGCAUCCAGCCUAGUUCUCAACUAUCGUAAGCGAAAAAUUGCAGAGGUUCAGGAGUGAGGAAUGACAAUAAAACCCACUGACUGCAGGGAGAUCAGAAACUCCAGAAAAUCCCAGUGCAAUUUUCAUGCUUAUUGGCACUCGGCUGCAUAUGGGUAGCACUUUGAGGAAAGCGGUUUUUUUUCUGUACAAAGUUUGUCAUUGAAUCUGUGUAAAUGUGUAUAACCUUUUCUUUAUUGCAUGUUUGACGACAUUAAAAUUUAAAGUUUUAUAA